UUGUUCUCGCUAUCGAUAUUCUCACAUUACUAUGCAUGGUGGGCGUACAUCAACUACUAUAAUGACGACUACUAUCUGCAAUGGAACCAUCAGUUAUUCUUUACGAUAACCGAACUGAUAUCAUCAAUUUUAGUAAUGCAUUUGGCUAAUUCAACGAAUACAGUUACAUCGAAGAAAAUAUUUUGCAUUGUUGGCAUUGCCAUACUGCACAUUACCGCCAGUAGCUUCGAUCAAUUUUUCAUGAAUGUCCUACGCGGUGAAGGAUAUGCACAUCAAAUUGUACGUGACAUUGGCUUUAUGGUGCCAGACAUACUACAGCUGGUUAUACCAUUGUGGCUAUUUCGACAGACACGCAAAGAAUCCUACACAACACGACCUUUCUAUCAGGAUCGCAGUCUGCACAAGGAUAUUGUGGCUAUGUGCUUCUUCGUCCUUACAUUGUUCGUAGUCUGUACGAUUUUGUGAGAGCGAAUUUUUCAAUAUCUGCAACAAACAAAACACUUGAAUGACAAUGCAAGUUUUAUGCACAAUAAAAAUAACAAUAAUCACAACUACAAUAAAGGAAACGAAGUAUUUAGUAUGAUGCAUGUAAAUAAAGGAUAUAAAACGUGGUAUGAACGUUUAAAGAAAUUAAAUGUUUAAGCAGUGCAAAGGGAGCGAAUGCAUGCGUGUGUUUGUGUGAAUGUGUGUACCUUCAAAGCAAAUCUGUUUGUUGGUGACGCAUGGCGUAUGAGUGAUUUUUUCUUAUUUAAAAUUGUGUGCUUCAGUUUUUGACGGUUGG